CAGCCUCUGGUCUCCCUCCUCCCUUUUUUCGCCUCUGCCCGACAGCCCAACGACCACGUUUGGGAGAGGCUGGAGCUGGUGUUGGAAUUGGUGCAGUGGAUGAUCUCGGCCGGAUUCGAGGUCGGCCACUGUCAGGCGGCACUCGACGACGUCGUAGACGUUCUGCUCGAGCUCAACUCUCCCGAUUCGCCGUUCGCCGCGAGUACGUCUACUGACAUGGCACACACUCUCACACCACCCUCCACCCCAAUCUGA